CAUAAUACAUAAGUUUGCACUGUCAAAACUAAACAAGUCCGCCAGCAGAUGCAGGACGGGAUCGUGUAUAUUCAGAUUACAUUGUAAUCGUUUCAAUAUACAGCUGCACAGCUACACAAAAUCGUAUCCGUUACCUCGCUUAAACAACCCGUCACUCUUGAAGAAUCACGUUUGUCUUCUGAUCUCGUGAUUGGACUAAAAACGCAGCCGGAGACCUCAACAUCAGCAGCAGACAGCUGCGCAGAGGGCGUUUAGUAACUUCAAGGUGACUGAAUGGAUGCAGUAGGUGCACACUUUGUUUCGUUUUUAAUCAGUUACACUAGACUUUUUAGAUAUGUGAAGACCUUAAAACCGACCCCAAAACUAGCCCAAUGUUUUUCCAGCCUCCCGAACCCUUUUAUACCCGCACAAACAAAUUCCAAACCUCCCAAUCUGGCAACACUGCUUAUGAUUGGACUAUCUCCGAGUGACGCUUUAUAAAGCAAGAGUAGUGUGUUUCUGUCAGAAGACGCACGCACUUAUAGUUGAAUAUGGCGGGCACGCAUGCAGUGAAAGCGUACUUGGAUCUCUUGACGCCGCCAAGCAGGGCUGUACUAAUAUUCCUGAAAAGCAACAAAAUACAACAUACGGUUGAACAAAUUCUGAUACGAAAAGGGCAGCAGAAAUCACCUGCCUUGACCAAACUCAACCCUAUGCAAAGAGUGCCAGUGUUGGACGACAAUGGAUUUGUACUUACUGAGAGUGAUGCCAUAUUAAAGUAUCUGGCGACAGUCUACAAUGCCCCUGAUCACUGGUACCCGAAACUGCCACAAAAGAGAGCCAAAGUGGAUGAGUACACGUCCUGGCAUCACGGGAACACGCGUAUAAAUAUUUCCACAAUCUUCCUGCAAGAGGUAUGGUUUCCAAUGCUAGGAGUGCCAACAAAUCCUGCCAAGUUUGAAAAGGCAUUGAAGAAACUGGAUGGCACACUGAACAUGUUGGAAAACAUGUUUCUGAAGAACCAGGCCUUCCUGUGCGGUGACGACAUCUCAUUGGCUGACCUGUUAGCAGCUUGUGAGCUCAUGCAGCUCAUGUGCAGCGAGAGGGAUGUUCUGAAGGACAGACCCAAACUGCUGAGCUGGAGGAGUCGAGUUCAGUCAGCGCUCUCUGACACCUUCGAUGACGCUCACUCUGUUGUCUAUCAAAUAAGAGAGAAGUUCACAGCUAAAAAGUGAAAAAUCAACUCUCUACAAGAUGAUAACAAAUUAUUAGUUUAAUAUAAUUAACAUUGCAAGGUCUUGAAAUUUUCUUCAUGGAAUUAAGAAUGCACCUGUGCCAUGGGUGUGCAAUGGUAAACUUGGUAAACUCUUUUUUUUUGCAGCAAUAAUUUGUGCUUUUUGUGUACACAACAUGGUAGUGUGGUUUGCUAAAUAAACAAUGGUUUGUGAAAACUUGAGUAUAAUAGAAGGAGCAGAAAAUGUACCAUAUCCUGUCAACAAUGAUGAUUUGUGUACGAUAAAAUAAAAAGUAAUUACUUCUUUUGAAUACAACGUCCAAAAAGCAUAAAAAAUAUAUUCAAACAAAAAAAAAACUACACCUGACCCUAAUAUUAACCAGUGAGUUUGGCUGAAUAGCGUGGUGAAGAAAGUUGAUUUUAGUUCAGGAGAUAAACAGUUAAUAAGAUUAUGUGAUAUGUCAUCUUCACACAAUGCUGUAGAGGGCAGUGGUCCCAUUCCAAUCGAUGUCGGCCUGCCAAACAAAAAUUCAAAUGGGCUUAAGUUAGAUGUGGUUAUUUUCUGCAUCCUCAUGUAUGUCAACGCAAUGGGGAGUGCUUUGACCCAAGACAAAGCUGUUUGUUCACAACAGUUUGACAAUUUAUUUUUCAAUAAAUGUUUGAUUACACCGUU